AUGUGUCCAAGUCUUUUUGUUGCAAAUUUUGUUUUAUUACUGUAAAUGGAACUCAAAGCUACCGUUGUGAUCACAGGAGAAUAAUAAAUGUACCUUAGUUUGAAAUUGUAGCUUCAUUUUCUGGUUUUCUUUUUGCUGUGCUGAGAUAUUUGGAGCUUAAGAAGCUUUCAACAAUGAAAUUAAGGCCUACCAAACACAAGGACUCUCCUUCUAGUUCUAAGGAGAUAGGAAGAAAUUGCAGGAGCAAGAAAAUGAUUAAGAUUGAGGAUCUUCUAGAAAUGCAUCCACCAACUUUGAACUUGAAAAUUGAGCCAACUGAACUUGAUGCCGAUGCGGAGGCCAUGACCGAGCAGCCUACACCGGAAAAUGACAUGCAUAGUGAUCCGCUUUCUGCACUUUCCGGACCACCCUACUUGAGUGGAGUUACAACAGAUUUGCUUCAGUGUAAUCUACCAGCAAUUUCCGAAGUCAAAAACGCCCUGACGGCAUUUCUUCUAACAAAAUCAAAUCACGAAGAUGUUGAUCAAAUGAUCAAGCAAGCUAAUAACGCCUUUUUGUAUCUUAAAGGCGUUAAUGCUGACUAUCGGACUUUUUACGCCACUGUGCGCAGCUACAUUCUGAACUGCUCGAAACUUUGCCAGGCUGAGAAGGAAGUGAGCGAAAAUUCGCACAUUAUAAAGGUGAUAGUUGACCAUGAGAAACUUAAUCAUCAAUCAUCUAAAGUCACAGAGGCUGUUUAUGAGAUUGAGGAUAAUCUCGUCAAGGCCAAAGAGUCCAUGGCUCCUCUUGAAGCUCGUGUUCAAGACGCAAAAAAGUUGCUUGAAAAAUUCGAGCUAGAAGUUGGCGAAAAGAAAACAGAUAUAGAAACGCUCGAAGCUGACAAGGCUAGAUUUUUAGAAAAAAGGGCUGCAAUGAAUGUUCAGUUACAGCACGGUGUUGUUAAAGCUGCGACAGCACGUAGCACUCUCAGCGAUAUUCUUUCUCAUCGAGAGGCAGCUCGAGCGGCUAUGGAAGAGAGUAGAGCUCAACUAACAACAAUGUGAGUUACAUGUUUGGUACAUAAGCAACAAGAUAUUGAUUAGCUAGGUGUGGUUGUGUCUUGUUCUGGACUAGAAUGCUUUAACCCUGUUUUUCAGCUGCCUUCUAUGAACAGCCUAAAAAUUAAGGUGCCAUAUGAUAUUAAAUAGGAUACCAGUAGCAUCAAAAUCGAUUAAGUUAUGGUUAAGUUGAUUAACAUUUAUGAUUAAGUUCAAAAUAAUGUCUAUGGUUGGAGUGAUCUUUA